AUGGAUACUCUCCAUAGUCCUGGUGUAGUGGUGGAAGUUUAUCUCUUUUCCUCCAUAUUAAAUUUUGCACAGAAGCAGACAGUAUUCAACGUUACCAGAUACUUGACCCACGGCUGUUUUAUUCGAUACAUUACAUUCUACGCGCCACUCACCGCUUUGCAGAUGCGUUCCAGAGCCGGCGAUAGCGCCUCACACAAACAGUCAAGGCGGUCCAAUGUCGCCUGUCUGCAAUGUCGUGAGCGCAAAGUCCGUUGCUCAGGUACCUGUCCUUGCAUCAAUUGCAUUCGCCGUUCGACCGAAUGUGUUUUCGAUCAAGAUGACCGCAAGGUGUUAGUAUCUGAGAACCUUCUUAACGAGUUGAAACGAAAAGCGGAGGAAUUGGACGAAAUGCAAGGGCCAGCCAAGAAGACUCCAAGGCCAUCAGGCUUUCUUGGACCUUCAUCUACUUGGGCAUAUAGUCGCCAUGUCAUGGUCAUGAUUCGACAGUAUGUUGACCAAGAAACAUCACCCGAGGUUCCACUCAACAUCGAUGGAGUUGCAUUCAACAUAGAGCUUCCCCGCAUGAGACAAGCUGGAGCCUCGAUCAAUAUCGAGAGCCUCCCUUCAUUAGACUACGCGAUUUACCUCACAAACACCGUCAAGUUCCACAUUGCUCAAACCUACCAUAUUUUCGACGAAGGUCAUUUCAUGCGAGGUCUUUUAUCAAUGUACAACGACGGCCCGCCUCCAUUGAACUCAGAAAAUCGGAUGUGGUAUAUCCAGUACUUCCUUAUCAUGGCAAUGGGCAAGGGGCUUCUUACUCGUGGUAUGUCAAAGGCCGGAUCGCCUGGUAGCGAGUACUUUUUGCGAGCAAUGGAGCUUUUUCCCGAUGCUAGCGGACUGUAUGAAGAUCCAAUACUGUCUAUUGAGGUAUGCUGCGGACUUGCUCUUUAUCUUCAGGCUGUGGACCAUCGCAAUAGUGCUUAUCUUGGCCUGGGAUUGAGGAUAGCUCUCAGUCAAGGUCUUCACCGUGACAUAGUCGGUGAAUUCCCAGAUGAUAUUGAGGUCGAGCGAUAUCGGAAUGCUUGGUGGACGUUAUACAUUCUUGACCGCAAAUUCUCAUCCUUGAUGGGUGCUCCUAGCUCUGUUCACGAUAGCGACAUCUCUGUUCCGGUACCCGGGCAGCUUUCGGGAUCAAGAAAGUCGAAUGCCCUCGAUAUGCAUAUCAAACUGUCGAGGCUUAUCGCAAAGGUUCUCAACACGGUGUAUGGGAUUGAUGGAAGAUUAGAUGACUCGUUCCCGAAGAACACUCUAACAAUUCUGAAAGAGCUCGCAGCCUUGGCCUCUGAGUGGAACUCAUACCCAGACUUGAAACUGGAUGGCCAAGGUCCAGUGUCAAGAGUGUCAGCAACGCUAAAUCUUUGUUACCACCAGUGCAUCGUAUUAACAACGAGGCCCGUUCUUAUGUGUCUCCUCCGAGAUAAGCUAGAGCUGGACAGAAGAGAGAACAGAUCGACUUUUGAAAUUGCCGAGCCUAUCAAAGCUUUGUUGAAAGCUUGCUACGACUCAGCGCACAAAUCUCUCCGCAUCCUGGACACGUUACAAUCCCAGGAUCUCCUCGAACUGUUUCUACCAUUCGACUUGGAUCACGCCUUCUCAGCCGGAUUUGUUCUUGCUCUCAUUUCUGCUCUGCAGCCAUUCCCAGACGCUUUAUGCGAGCCAUACUUCGAGGCGACAGUAAACAUUCUCGACACAUUGAUUGCUGGUGGUAAUCUCCCCGCACGAUUCCGACGUCAAGAGAUCGAACGUUUGCACGAUAUGCUACGUUUGGUAAACCAGCGAGAGACUAUAGCGCAUCCUCAUGAGGACCAGACAGCGGCUAUUGCUGCACAUGAAGGAGAGCAGGGAAUCUCGCCAAGCCAACUACUCAAUAUAACCAACAUGCUAGACUGUUGUCCGCCCUUGAACUUGGAUCUUGAUGCCGUCAAUAGCUGGCUGUGGGAGUCUGCUAGUUUUGGAGAUGUGCCCUCAAUGUAG